AAGUUUUUUAUGCUUAGCGCCACCAAGUUUAUAUUCAAUUCCAUUAGUCUUGAGUAUAAUCUUUGACUGUUCACUCGACGUCUAGAAGAACGCCUACGGCCGUAAGAAGACGCGAAAUUUGUAUGUAAAAAAAUCUAAGUUGGUAUUUGCGAGAGUGGAUUGUAUACAACAUGGUGAUGGAUGUGCCUGGGAUAAAUAAUAUCAGCUUUGUUUGUUCUAAAUAAUAAUAUGGGAUUUUAUAUAUGCGUACAUCAUUUGCUAUGGCGAAUGUUAAAGUUGCAGUACGAGUCCGACCUUUGAGUAAAAAAGAGGAAGAGACAGGAUCAUCAUUUAUUUUGGAUGUUAGUGAAAACGUGCUAAGCAUAGUCAAUUUGAAGGUUGAGGGACCUGCUACUGAUGGUGAUCGUCAUCGCCAACGUGUCAGACAUUUUACAUUUGAUUUUUGUUAUUUAUCAGCGGACAAAUCUCGGCCGGAUUAUGCCUCGCAAGAACUGGUGAGUGAUCAAGACUUUGUUUUUACAGGCUUUAAUAAUUUCUGGUUGCUAAACACGUAUCCCAGACCGCUACUCAAAAAUUCCAUAAUUAAAUGCAAGCGUGCUACACGUUAUCGUUAUUUAGUUAUUACUAAAUAUCUGUAUCUAGAUUUUGGUGAAGGGUAAGGAUGAUAGACGGGAAUGAUUGCAAACUGUGUUUUACAGUAUAACAAGGAUACAAGAAGUCACUAUUGAUCCCUCGUGAAAUUCCAUGGCUGAAUAUGACUGUGAAUAUACUGUAACAAAAUGCAUUGGAAUCACUGAGCUAAUUUUGUUGUCAUACUUUACUUUUAUUUUUUGAUCAUUGUUUCUUAAAAAUUCAUCUGUAAUGACAUGUACUUGUAAGACAUAAUCUACUACUUCCCUGCACUACAUGCAAUGAUGCAUUAUUAUUUUAAAUGGUAAUUGUAUCAUCUCUCACAAGUUCUCAUCAUUGUUUCAUUGAUCCUUGAUAUAUCGUACCAUACCUGUAAUACUAGCAAUUCCU